UACUUAGGAGUCUCGUUUAUUAUUAUAGUGUGCUACUUGAAUAGUCGAUUGUAUAAACCAAUAAUUUUUUUAAACAUAUAAAUAUGAAUGGAGACGUAGCCGGAAAAGAUUACAACCCUUUUGAGCAUAGGAAAGUGGAAAAGCCAAAUUCGGAUGCCAGAGCCCUCGCUAAUCUCCUCAAGGCCUCACUGGGGUCUGGCCUACUGGCCAUGCCCUUGGCAUUUGCCAAUGCUGGAUGGGUAGUUGGCAUCGUUGGCACGAUUAUUAUUGCUUUUAUUUGUGGUCACUGCGUUCACAUAUUUGUGGAUACUUCCCGCGGAUGCUGUAAGGCGGAACGAAAACCUCUCCUUAACUACGCCGAGACCUGCCGAGCUGCAUUUGCUAAUGGCCCUAAAAAUGUUAGACGCUAUGCUAAAGCUGCAAGUAUUUUUGCGGAGUUAUCUUUACUUUGCACAUACAUUGGUGUUUGCUGCAUAUUUACGGUACUUAUAGCGGAAAAUAUUAAACAGCUCUUAGACACAUACUAUCCCGUCGUAACUCUUUCAGUGCAAUAUUACUGCCUUAUUUUGCUAGUACCAUUGAGUAUUAUGACACAAAUUAGACAUCUCAAGUGGUUGGCACCCUUUUCCUUCAUAGCGAACGUGUUAUUGGUCCUUACAUUCGUAAUAUGUCUAUAUUACAUAUUCAAAGAUCCCAUAUCCAUCGAAGGUGUAAGCGCUAUGGGACAAAUAUCUAGAUUCCCUGCUUUUCUAUCAACAGUAAUCUUCGCAAUGGAAGGCAUCGGUGUGGUGAUGCCAGUGGAGAAUGUGAUGAAGAAGCCCGAGCAUUUCCUCGGAUGCCCAAGUGUCCUGGUAAUAGCAAUGAGCUUUAUCAUGGUGUUGUACACUAUUCUAGGCCUGUUUGGCUACUUCAGAUAUGGCGAUUCAGUGAUGGCCACUAUAACGCUCAAUUUACCUGUCGAUCAUUGGCCUGCGAUAUGUGCUAAAUCGUUCAUAGCAUUAUCGAUUUUCUUCACGUAUCCUCUUCACUUUUUCGUCGUGGUGGACAUUUUAACAAAAUACGUCAACCCACACGUCAAGAAACAAUACACGGACAUUACGCAGAUUUGCAUGAGAAUCUUUAUUGUUUGGUUUUGUGGUGCGAUCGGUAUAGCCCUGCCGAUGUUGGAACAGAUCAUCAACAUUGUCGGCGCUCUAUUUUACUCAAUCUUGGGCCUUAUCAUCCCGGGUAUUGUCGACACCAUUUUUCGAUGGUCUGACCUUGGAAAGUACCAAUGGAUCCUAUGGAAAAAUUGUCUAAUAGUGCUGUUUGGAUUCGUCUGUUUGAUUUCCGGAUGUGCUGUCACUAUAGGAGAUAUUAUACAGAAUUUGCGUGAGCAAAGUACGGAGUGACCAAUAACUGGGUUUUAUGAAAUAAUUAAAAUAAAUAAUAACGCAAUAAAUAUUAAUUUAAUAUGGCACAAAUUUUAAAAGUAAAGAAAAUAUUGAUAAAUUCAGGAUCGUAGCGUCAUGAAAAUUGGCAGCUGUAUGUAGUUCUGAUGACAAUACAAUAAUAUGGUACUGUCAAACUGAUCUGAUGAUGAAGCCGAAAGAUAUGAACUGGAACUUCAUGAUGGAACAUCGUAUCAUAGCUGUGUUUGGAUUUGUUAGAAAAGUCUUGUAAUGAACUUUGACCACGAUUAGGUUUCAAGGUCAGAUGAAGAAUCCGGAAGAUAGGCACUGGCAUCAUUCCAUGAUGGAAUAUCGUAUCAUAGUCGUGUUUGCACUUGUGAGAAAGGUCACGUAAUGGACUUUGAACACGAUCAGAUUUCAGGUUACAAACCUACUACUAGUAGAAAUUGGUAAUAGGAACUCUGUGAUAAAACAACGCAACCUAAUUGUGUUUGGGGUUUUUAGAAUUGUCUCGAUAAGUAUUAGUUGCCUGUGGAAAGAAAAGUACAGUCAGCGAAAAUAGCGUGUACCAAAAAUGAAAUUUUUGCCAAAUACUUAUUUCUUAGAGGCAGACUUCUUUUAAUUCUGAUGCACAUAUAAUACACAUGUUUCUGGCUAUAUACUAGGCGGUAAAAUUUAAAGUUAUAUCUG